GUAGCCGUUCUCUUCUGCAGGGGAUCUUUCCAACCCAGGGAUGGACUCCAGGUCUCCCACGGAUCCCUUGCAGGCAGAUGUUGCCACCAGGGAAGCCCAAGAAUACUGGAGUGGGUAGUCUAUCCUUCUCGGGAGGAUGUUCCCGACCCAGGAAUCGAAUCGGGGUUUUCCUGCUGGUGGAUUCUUUACCAGCUGAGCUACCAUCCCAGGGUCUCAGUUAAAAAGGAGCCCGGCCAGGCCCGUGGGAAGGAGUCGGGUGUCUGGCAGCCUCGGGCUCACGCAGCUCCCCCGGAUGCACAGCCACGGCCCCGGGGCUCACUUCAGGCUUCGUGGACCGUUCUGGUCCUGCAGCUCCCGCACCCCAAGCGCAAUGCCCCUGCCUUCGGACCAGAGCUGGCACCUGUGAUGCAUGAGCGGAGCCUGAGGAUGCUGGUCACGCCCUCAGGAUGGAGGAGGGCGGCUCAUGGGAGCCGGCCAGGGAGCCAAAAGAGAUGUGAGAAUCGACCAGAAUGUGGAGAACAAGUUCAGUGUCACUGGUCUGGAGCGGACACCGGCUAG